GCAGGCACCAGUGACGAUGCAGCUUCUCCACUCAGAAUGGGAAUACGUGUCGACCUUAAACCAGCUCUACGACAAGUACAGAACACCUCCUGCUCUGCAGAUGGACCUGGAGCCAUAUCAGAAUUACCUGAAGUUUGUGGAGGAGUUGCUGCAGCGCCACCUUCUGUUCAGAAACACUCUGGAACAGAGGUUGUCUGCUCACGACUGGAAAGGCCUUGUGGGAGACAUCUUUGUCCAACUCGUAGGCCACAAUGAUUCGUCUUUCCUGGACAUGUACCAUGGAUACACGACAGCGUUGGCCACGUUUCUUUCUAUAGAAUUCAACAGAAUAAUGCUCAACGGGAAACUACAAAACACACAGAGCUAUACGAAGGAAAGAGAGGAAGUCCAACUGUUCUCUCUGCUGUUGGCACCAGUCUCUCGAAUCCACAGUUACCUAACCCUUAUUCAGAGUCUGUUGCAGUGGACUGACAGUAAUCACCCAGACUGCAGCCUCCUCCAGGGGUCAGAAAGGGUCCUGAGGAGCAUCCUUUCCCGCUGUCACCUCAUCCUGGAGGAGGAUGUCCGAUGGGGAGACGGAGGAAGAAUGGCCGGGCCCAGUGGCAGCUGCUCUGCCUGUCCCUGUGCCAAGUCGUGCGAUCGCAGAAGCCAGCUCUGCCCUGCCACGGACACACAGAAACACAGACAGGAGUCCCGUGAUGCUGCUGGGAAACGAGAGGAACAACAACUAAGCUCACGUCUAUCUAACUGUGCCGCUGGCUGCCAGAGCAUGCCUGUUGCCUGUUGGCCUACCGGUACUGUACGGAAGAAGAGUUGUUACAGAGACAGGACAGGCGGGACCCUCCAGUCUCAUCUCCAUGACUCCUGUGGCCUGGCUGGACUGGUCUACGGUGGGGACAUCAGCGCCUUCCUCCAUACGGCACCCCCUGGGUGGGGGGACAGCGACUCUGGACAGGAGUCUCCGAGUCAGGCUACGGGGGUUAAGGGACAAGGACAUGGACACGGCCCUCAGACCCCUGGUCCUCACAUGGUUCAGAGAAGCACUGAUGACUGUGACACGGAGGAGGACGUUGGGGACACCUCCGUGUUCGACUACUCCUCUGUCACCACCUGUAGCCCAGACGGGACCCUGAGGAGGGAGGGGGAAGCGAGUAAUACCGAGGAGGAGGACGAGGAAGAGGACACAGACAGUCAGGUGCCUGUUCUGUUGAAGCCCUCGUACACACAGCAGCAGCAGUCGCUGAGGGAUUCACCCAGAGAACGGACGGUAUGUCUGAGGUGGCAGAUACCAAGGCUGCCGUACCCUUCUUCUCGAAGUCCUCGACACCAGGCAGGACCAGCGGGCCCGGAGGGACAGGGUCAGGCACCAGGACCAGCAGGACCUUAUGGGAACAGAGUCAUCAGCGUGACGAAGGGACCACCUCCUCUCCUCCCCACCAGUGUCUUCAGACCCAUCUGGGAUGAACCACCAAAACAGGGAGACGCAGCCCCCGUAAAGGAGAAUACACCACAAGGCUUCAGACCGGUUCAAGCCACUGAGAGGCAGACAUUUCCUAACUUCAAAAAGCUACGGUUCCAAACCCAGCCGAGAGUUGGCCACGUCCAGGCAGGAGCCAUGGGGGGUGUUGCGGUGUGGGAUGAGAGCGAGGAAGACAGUGAGGGGCCCUGCAGCACUGUCUGAGAGAGGGAGACUGUCUGUGAGACCAACCUAGAAGUCUGCAGCACUAUUUGAGAGAUCAACCCGACAAAGACUACAGCACUGUGUGUGUGAGAGGGAUAAUCUAAGAGACCAGUCCAACAGUCUGCAGCACCGUGUGAGAUAUAGACCAUCUGAAAGACUGUUUGACAGACUAACCCAGAGGUCUACAGCACUGUGGGACACCAUCCGAGCAAUCAGAACAGCAACAAAAAUCUCUUGCAUGCUGGCUACUUGAUUAGCAUUUAUGGUCUGUCACGAGAUCAACCCAGAGGACCAACAGCACUGUGUGAGAGAGACCAUCAUUUGAGAGACCAACCCAUGAGGUCUGCAGUACUGUGUGUGUGAGAGAGAGAGAGAGAUACUCUGUACUGUGUGAGAGAGAGAUAGAGAGAGACUUUGUA